AUCCUAUGGGAGCUGUUCGAAAGGCAUCUACGUCAGUAUCGAACGGAUUGUUUUCCAAAAUGGUGUGGCUUAUAAAGUUUGGGAUCGUGUUAAGUGCAUUUUAUUUGAAUAUUGCAGCCUAUAAAAUUGAUUUGACAUUGGGCAAGCCGAUUUCGGAUACCAUACAAGUUGUACCAUGCACGAGCACUGUUGCAAACAUAUGGGAAAACCAGCCACAUCCAGACUACUGUCACUUUUAUAUUUCCUGUAUGAAUAACAUUGGCAUCGUACAAACUUGUCUGAAUGACCUCUACUUCAAUGCAAUAACGAGGCAUUGCGAUUAUCCAGAAAAUGUCGACUGUGAAAACCCUUCGACACCGACGGAACCAGAUUUGUCCACUACUGAUAGUACAGAUGAAAUUGAAACCUCUGAACCAACAGAUGCAACAGAUACAACUGUCGAAGGAGAAAUAACAACGGAAGAAAGUACAACGGAAACUACUACUGAAGAUAGUACAACUGAAGAUAGUACAACUGAAGAUAGUACAACUGAAGAUAGUACAACUGAGGAUAGUACAACUGAGGAUAGUACAACUGAAGAUAGUACAACUGAAGAUAGUACAACUGAAGAUAGUACAACUGAAGAUAGUACAACUGAAGAUAGUACAACUGAAGAUAGUACAACUGAAGAUAGUACAACUGAAGAUAGUACAACUGAAGAUAGUACAACUGAAGAUAGUACAACUGAAGAUAGUACAACUGAAGAUAGUACAACUGAAGAUAGUACAACUGAAGAUAGUACAACUGAAGAUAGUACAACUGAAGAUAGUACAACUGAAGAUAGUACAACUGAAGAUAGUACAACUGAAGAUAGUACAACCGAAGAUAGUACAACAGAAGACAGUACAACUGAAGAUAGUUCAACAGACUUUAGUACAGUAGAAGAUAAUACAACUGAAGAAACCACAACACAACCAACUACGGAACAGUUCUGUGAGCCUCUAUGCGCAGGUCAAGACAGUGAAGUUGCUGAUCCAGAAAAUUGUAGCAGAUUUAUUAGCUGUAUCGACAAAUGCAGUGGAGCUGUUCAAUUCUGUCCAGAGGGGUUACAUUUCAACCACCAUUGGUCGGUAUGUGAUCUGCCGCAGAGAGCUGAAUGUUUGUUGGAAGUUUGUCUUGGUGAACCGACUGAACUUAUCCCGAGUGUAAAUAGCUGUAGGAGUUACUAUGAAUGCUCAGCUUCAAAUGCUAACCUUCGUUCCUGCGAAACUGGAUAUGUUUUUGAUAGUACCGUAUUGGGUUGCGUUCUAGAGGAUGCACAUAAUGCAUGUCAAAUUGAAGACAUUCCUGGAGCUCCUCAAGAGGUGUACAAUUUAUGUACUACAUUGGUUGAAGAUCAAUUGCUCCCUCAUCCCUCACGGUGCGAUGUUUAUUAUCGCUGUGUUCGAGGCAUGUUAUCACCACGCAUGUGUCUCGAAGGACUACUAUUCGAUACUCAACGGGGAAUGUGCAAUCUGGAGGACCGCGUUGAAUGCAACCCCGAAAUAUCAGUCGGGAAAAAUCUCUAAAUUAUUUUAAGGUGAAAAUAUAACGAAUACAUCUGAUAGUCUAGCUACAGAAUAAAUCUGAAAAUAUCAAUUGACAGUAUGUGUUUUAAAGUUGAUCGAUUGAUCACCACUAGUGGGUAACUAAGCGAUCGACUUUUCCGCACAAACCGUCAUUUGAUUCCUUAUAGUUGUGCUCUUGAAAAUUCGAUGUGUGGUUUCGUUAUACCUCCACCUUAAAUAAAGCUCCGUUUCAUCAAUAAUACGGAUUUUACAAUAAGCAGUAUUUAUAAAUAUUUAAAUGAUCCAACGUGAUAAACUAUAAACAAAUACACAAUGUCUAUAAUCUGAGUAAAUGCGUAUGUCUUUAUUAAAACAAAUGCAAUAAAUGUUAUACAUACACUAGCUAUCCCGGCAAA